CAUUUCCCAUCUCAACCUACCCAAACAACACUACCACUUGCCUACCCAUCCACUUACAAAAGUCACAAGGCCCAGAGAGAGAGAGAGAGAGAGAGAGGAUGUCUCCAGAGUCCAGACCGGCUGGCAGAGAAACUGAUAGAGAACUUUCAAGCUCCCUUCCCCAACUUAACUCAACUAGCCUCUAUAUUGCAGUCUCAAACUGAAGUCUUAUAAUUUCCCAAGCUUUUGUUAUCAUCUGUCUGAAGUUUUUCAUCUCAUAUUUUCAGUCUUUCUCUGUCUCGGUAUCAUGAGACCUGAGAGGAACCCAUUGGACCUGAACAAUUUGCCCGAGGAGUAUGGGAGAGACGGAAAACAGGUCAUUGAGGAGAGCUCCGCUGUUGGUUGUAGGAGAAAGAAAAGUGGUGGAAAGGACGGAAAAGAUGAGUACGGGAAGGUCUACGAGUGUAGGUUUUGCUCCCUCAAGUUCUGCAAGUCUCAAGCUCUUGGUGGACACAUGAAUCGCCAUCGCCAAGAGAGGGAGACAGAGACCCUGAACCGAGCUCGUCAGCUGGUCUUCAGUAACGAAAACUUAGCAGCACAGGGGGUCCCUCAUUUAGGGUUGAGAGAUCUGAACCUCGGGGGCAGCGGCGGCCAAUUCAUCCCAACACCAGCAGCGAACUUUCACCAAUGUGGCAACAUGGGAGAUCCAUCUCUACCAUACAGACCAGUUUACCCGCCGUCAAGAUUUUUUCCGGGUUCUUCAUCAACAAUUUUAUCACCAGUACCACCACCUCAGCCUUACCUUUACGCAUCGACUUCUCGCGUUGUUUCAUCACUUCCAGUCCCCGCUCAGUACACUCCUCACCCAGUGAACGAUUACUUUGUCGGCAACGUCCUUGCUGGCAACUCUCACCCACACUCGAAUCAGGACUACGUGCUGGGCUCGGCGGAAUCAAACUACACUUGCAUUGGGUCUCCUCUGGGACAUGGGUUCCCGCCGGAGGAUGGAAAUGUCCGUGAGAUGGGGUUGUCAGCAUCGGGUGGUGGAGGAGACGGGUCACAGCGGAAUCAGGAGGAUGGACUGAAUUGGGAUGGUAGCUAUGCAGGAACGCAGCAACGUCUGGAUCUUUGUUCGACCAAUCAGUUUCAAGAUGGGUUAUAAGAUUGAAUGAAAGCGGAAGUUCUAAGACCUGCAGUGACACGCCAUUCUCAAAGAUAAACCAAAACAACUGACAAAUGGGGUCAUGCAAGAAAGAGGAGCCCUUUUUUUUCCUUCCUAAUCAAUUUAACAGGUUGAAGGCAGCUUUUGAGCUCAUAUAUACCCUCAGCUACUUUGGCUUUGUGCUUGGUUUCUGUGUGUAUGUGUGUGAAAGGGAAACUAGAGGUGGGAGAUGAGUGGUGCAGACGAACAAGAAGUUAGAUAUCAACUAAAAGUUUCC